CUAUUAGGUUGGGGGGUCUUCAUUAUUUCGAAACCAGCCGCUAGAACGUGAGAAAGACCUCAGCAAAAAGUGGGCGUUAAUAUGUCCCAGCCAAGUCGUUUUCUGGACUGCGAAUCCCUUUGUGGGAUGUCUUUGAACCUCCACUAAUGUCUAUUCGAAGGAGGGGUUAUCGUACAUACAUUACGCACUGCCACCGAAAAGCUGCAGCUAACAUUCGACACUUACGAAAUAAGUUCGCCUACAACUCACUCGGGGGCUGGGGAGUAACGUAGAUCUCAGCAGCCUGAUGCGGCUCGACGUCAGUUGCUGAUCCCGAGGGGAAACGCAUCGAUGCCCAAUAUAGACAGAUUCAAGUAUAUUGCUGUUACUCGGGAGAAACUAUAGGGAGAGCCAAAAGUUAUCAUCCAAGUAUUGAAGCUUAUUGUCUUUAAACAAAAUGUCUGCGACCGAGUCAUCCUAUUCGACGCCUAAGUGGUGGAAAGAAGCUGUCGUCUACCAAAUCUACCCCGCAAGCUUCCAAGCUCAGCCAGGAGUUACCUCAGUAUGGGGCACUGUAAAGGGUAUUACUUCGCGGCUAGAUUACCUGAAGUCUUUGGGUGUUGAUGUGGUCUGGUCAUCACCCAUCCUGAAAUCGCCACAGGCGGAUAUGGGCUACGAUAUCGCCGACUAUAAGCAGAUUGAUGAGCGAUAUGGAACCCUAGAAGACAUUGAUGAACUGAUCACCGAGCUCAAGAAGCGCGACAUGAAGCUCAUGAUGGACCUUGUGGUAAACCACACCAGCAAUGAGCACCCGUGGUUUCUCGAGAGCCGCGCAAGUAUCGAUAGCCCCAAGCGGAGCUGGUACAUCUGGAAGAAGCCGAAGAGCAUCGGCCCCGAUGGGAUACCAGAACCACCGAAUAACUGGGCGCAGAUCUUAGGUGAAGCUAACUCUGCUUGGACCUAUGACGAGAAGACCGGCGAGUUCUAUCUGAGCCUCUUUACACCGGAGCAGCCAGACUUGAACUGGGAGAACCCUGACGUACGGACGGCUGUUUGGGACGUAAUGCACUUUUGGAUGGCCCGAGGCGCAUCUGGUUUUCGAAUGGACGUCAUCAAUCUAAUAUCCAAAGCACCUGGCUUCCCCGACGCCGAUAUAGUACUGGAUCCUGGACACAGGUACCAACCUGGAUCUAAAUACUUCGUUAACGGGCCAAAGCUACACGAAUACCUACAAGAGAUGUACCGGGAAGUCCUGAGCAAGUAUGACACAAUUACGGUUGGCGAGAUGCCUGGAGUCAGCGACGAGAAGGAAAUCUUGCGUAGCGUUGGUGCCAACUCCGGGGAGUUGAGGAUGAUCUUCAUAUUCGACCUAGUCGAUAUCGACAAGCCAAAUGUCAGGAUGGCUCUUAAACCAUGGGAUGUGAAGGAGAUGAAGUCUAUCAUCACAAGGUGGCAACGAGUAAUGAUUGAGAAUGACGGCUGGAACUCGGUGUUUAUUGAAAACCACGAUAAUCCGAGAUCAGUCUCGCGGUAUACGGAUGAUAGUGACGAGUGGCGCGAAAAGGGAGCCAAGCUCCUCGCUCUCAUGCAGACUACUCUCGGAGGCACACUAUUUGUAUACCAGGGCGAAGAGAUUGGCAUUCGAAACGCUCCAACGACCUGGGAUAUCGCCGAGUUCAAAGAUAUCGAGACCAUCAACUACUGGAAGAAAUGUGAGAAGCUAUAUGUGGAUGACAAGGAGAAGCUCGCAUAUGCCCGAAAGGUAAUCGACAUGAAAGCACGCGACCAUGCUCGAACGCCCAUGCAGUGGACCGCCGGGGAGAACGCCGGAUUCUGUGACCCGGGGACUAAGCCGUGGAUGAGAGUUAUGGACGAUUACCAGAAGGUAAAUGUCGAGGCUCAGAUCAAAGCGGACGACCCCGGCGAGUUUUCCGUCUGGCAGUUCUGGCAGUGGGCUCUCAAGCACAGGAAAGAUCACGCAGACGCUUUCGUGUACGGGGACUUCCAGGAGCUGUCGCAUGAAGAUCCCGAGGUGUAUGCAUAUGUUCGUACAAGCGUCAGGGGGGAUCGCUGGCUUGUCCUUCUUAACUUUUCCAAGAAAGAACUUGAGUGGACGCUGCCCCCAAGUUUCAAAGUCGAGUCUUGGGUUGUCAGCAAUUAUGGGAGGGAUGUUCCAGAUAAACCGAAGCAGUCGGGUGUGCCCCUGAAACCUUGGGAAGGGGUAUUGGGGAAGCUUAAAUAGCCCUGAUAAAAGUUGGGGGCUAUAAUCGCUCGUGAUAUGGGUAAAGUUAAGAUCUAAAUAAAUUUCUCAUCAUUGACAAUAACCGUAGGAUAUACUGGUGACCUGAGUGUUAAAACAGAUUAAAUUAGGUACCUACCCCCUAUUAUCUGGCGCGGUAAUUUAAUCUAGUUAAACUAAGCA